GGGGAUGGGGAGGGUUUGAAAGGACAAGGUGUUCUUCAGUGAUGGGGCUUCUCCAAUGUCAUUUUUGAUGAGAUGCUGAAUACUUAACAGCAGCAAAGUGGGGUACAGUGAAAAGCAUAUGAGUUGUCUUUCUGAUCUUUAGUUUAGAUUUUAGCAGCAUUAAUGCUUACAGAAGUUCUCGUUUCCUAAGUAGAUACUUGAGAUCAGCCAGUUAACAUUUCUGAGCACUUGUCUGCACCAAAACCCCACUAGAAAGUGCUCAAAUGCCAGUUCAAAACAAGAGGUUCAAUGUUUAAGUUUGUUGCUGGAGAAGCAAAGGCUGUAACCACAUGUCAAAGCCAUCUGCUGCUAUAGUUGGAGGUGCUGCUGGGGCACUUGCCUUGGUGGCAAUAGUCAUCGGAGUCGUGUGGUUCUACAAGAUACAUUGCAAGAAUCUUUCAAACAAGAAUUCAGAGACAGGUUCCUCAGAUCCAUCUGCAAUAGUGGAAUGGAGUAGGGGUGGACCCAGUUCCGGGGUACGGCAGGGAGCAAGGCUCUUCACAUUGGAGGAGCUAGACCAAGCUACCAAGCAUUUUGAUGAAAGCAGCCUCCUGGGAUAUGGAAGCUUUGGCCUGGUUUAUAAAGGCUUGCUCCGUGAUGGGACGGUUGUGGCUAUCAAAAGGCGUCCUGGUGCUCCUAGACAAGAAUUUGUCUCAGAGGUAACGUAUUUGUCGGAGAUUCAUCAUCGAAAUUUAGUUACAAUACUGGGUUACUGCCAGGAAAGUGGAUUUCAAGUAUUGGUAUUUGAAUAUAUACCAAACGGCAGCGUGUGCAAUCACCUAUAUGAUACUAGACUAGAGUCAUCAACUAAACUUGAGUUUAAGCAAAGGCUAUCCAUAGCUGUAGGGGCUGCAAAAGGGUUGUGCCACUUGCAUGGCCUAAAACCUCCCAUGGUACACAAAAACUUCAAAACAGCCAAUGUCUUGGUUGAUGAGGACUUCAUUGCCCACGUUGCAGAUGCAGGGAUUGCAAAACUACUUGAAAAGAUUGAAGAAGCAGGUCCUUCUCGCACGUCUAGUGUCAAUAUUUUCCAAGAUCCAGAGGUUGGAGCAUCUGGGGUUGCCUCUGAAAUGAGUGAUGUGCACAGCUUCGGGGUUUUUCUUUUGGAGCUUCUAACUGGACAGGAGGCUUUGGACAUUGGAUUCUUGGGAUCAAAUGAAAGCUUGUUUCAAUGGGUGGAAUCACGGCUGAGUUCAAAUACUCUGGUGGACAGGCGGCUAGCAGGAAGCUUCACUGGAGAGGGAAUGAGGGACUUGAUCAGGCUGACACUGCAAUGCAUGAGUUUUCCAGGAAGAAGAAGGCCCAAGAUGGAGAUGGUUGUGGUUGAGCUUGAGAGAAUUAAAGAGAAAGAAAUGGCAAUGACAACAGUGAUGGGGGAGGGUACUGAUACAUUUGCUCUCGGGAGUGUACUAUUCACUUGAACAUGAGCUUGGGCAAAGCUCAAGCUCUAACCACACCAACAAAAACAUCAUCUUAUAGCUUGGCUAGAACUAUUUGUAAUGCAAGACCUAAACUGCUGUAAAUUUGAGUUCCAUUUUAUAUUCAAAAUAAAUGCAUGAAGCUCUAGGAUUCAAUUCAAA